CCACACUCGACCGAUUCUCAGUGCCUGUGCAAUGCCAUGAAGCUAUCCGUUGCUGAUUGAGGAUCUCUCACUAUGACCCUCCACAAGUCGUACACUAGAGGUGGUCGGGUCCUACUUCUCCACGUUUUAGGACUUGUCCCUCAAAGAGCCCGAGACGGCUUAUGACCCACCAGGAGACUCACGCUGCUCUUCUGAGCUUCUGUUCCAUCACAGAAAGGGAGAUGAGAUAGUCCGUUACGGGCAAGAAGGGCCCAAUGCUAGUCGUACAAGUACACAUAAAGUUUAAGUUUGCUCUCUAUCGUCGCAUCUACAGCCAUGUCGUACAAUGACAUUGUAGCGAUUCCUCGAUACAUCCUUCCGAAUCCUACUCUGGAGCAACUGGAUUACGCCGAGCUUCCCGUCAUCGAUUUUGCUAGGCUUUCCGACAAUGCCAAUCAACUUGCAGCAGAAGCUACGGAAGGCAUGAGGAAGCACGGCUUUCUUGUCGUGAUCAACCAUGGCUUGACUGUAGCGCAGAUCGCUCGUGCAUUCGAUAUCGCCGACCUGCCAUUCAGCAGCGUUGGGCACGAAGAAAAAAUGUUAUAUGCGGCUAAACUGAGGGAGACCGGCUCACACCAAGGCUAUAAACCUCGAAACUACUGGCACAUAGACAACGGUGUCUAUGAUCAGCUUGAAGCGUACACUAUCCACCGUGAUGUUAAUCAGCGUGAACAUCCGCAGGCACUGGGACCUGUUCUUGCGGAAAUCCAAGCUCUGGCCCGGUUCGCACAUCUGCACAUCGUGCAUUCCAUCCUCCGGUUGCUGGCGAUCGGAUUAGAGUUGCCUGAAAACACGUUUGUGGAUCUUCAUCGUUAUGAUGCUACUGGGGAGAGCACUCUCAGGUUCAUCAAAUACCAUCCUCGGACGGCGGAAGACGAAGCUAAGACGAAGAAUGUUUGGCUGAAGGGACAUACAGAUAUUGGAAGCAUCACCGUGCUCUUCAGUCAGCCAGUUUCGGGGCUGCAGAUUCUCGGAAAGGAUGGCAAAUGGCGAUGGGUCAAACAUAUCGAGAAUGGACUGAUCAUCAACGCUGGGGACGCCCUCGAGCGCCUAUCCGGCGGGUAUUACAAGCCCACCAUCCACCGCGUCGUACAACCCCCGGCCGAUCAGCGCCAUUGCCCACGGCUUGGAUUAUUCUACUUCGCGACAGCCGACGAUGACGUGAAAUUGGUCUCGUGUGUGGCUCAGAGCCCGAUUUUGCGACUCGAACCCACUACAUCGACUCCAUCAGAUGAUGAGCUUGCCCCUACCAUGGAAACAUGGCGCAAAACGCGAGUGUCCUCCUAUGGCUCCAAGGGCGCGGCACUAACCCCGGCGUCGGGUGGUAUGAUCGAGGAAGAGACCAUCGCCGGAAUCGUAAUCAAGCACUACAACUGAGUGCGACCCAUGAGGUCAAGUCAAAGUACUGAUAGCUGUGAUAUUUAGUCCGUUUCGCAGAUGCUGUCGAGAGACCAUUGCUUUGAGAUUGCAGCACGUCCCAUCUCGGCUUUUCCACGAACCCUAACACUCCGUUUCAGCUGCUACACCGUUUUGAAUGCCUCGUCGUGAGCACCCCACAAUCCGGGACUCACCAAUUGCGUCGUGAACCGUCUCGAGAGUUGUGUCGCAUCCCUCAGCCUCCGUCAUGAUAUGUUGACACGGUGAUACAAACUAUCGGAAGCCGAUUCCAGACAGAUGCAAGCAUAAGUAAGAAAGGAACGAAAGACAUUCCAGCAAACAGUACGAAGACAAAAUGUCCAAUAAGAGUGGACAUGGACCAGCCCUGAGAGCGCGGAAUUAUGAGAGCACCAAGGCACCGCCACAUCAACGGCCCUUUCCCAUUUGGCUGACAGGAUGACGGCUGCGCGCUGACACCAGCUUGCUUUUGAACGCCAAAUGGCAAUGCCUCCUUUCAUCCACUGCAGCUCUUCCUUUCCCCAGUGACAAUGGCCGACUCGUCUGGCGACCAGGUCGCCUCCUCCUCCUCAGUGCUCAAGCUCGGGCAGCUAAUCCCCCGCCACGCUCUUUUCCAAGUUCGCAUCAUCAUCCACCAGUUGGCCAGUGUUCCUCUGGUCAGCGGGGAAUUUGGGGUUCGUUGGAGAUUCAAGAACAUCCGAAAAUUGAAGGGCCAUGAAACUGCAGGGCUGGAGCAGGAAGUCCAUGGUGACGAGGAGAGUUUCGGGAGUGGAGACUCAGCGGGUCCUUCCACGGAGGACGCCAAAUUUACUUCAGAAUCUUACGAAACUCAAACUAGCACACGAGGACAGACGCCCUGGCUGGCGCUGCGCGACCACUCUGUGACCUGGGAGCAAUCGCUGUCGACUGUCGUGCAGAUGUCGAUCGACCGGGAAACACACGAGCUGCUCCCUCAUCCGUUCAAGCUUUCUGUAUUACAACGUGUCAUCGUCGGCGACCUGGACGCGCCUAAGAAUCCGUGCCUCGGCGUCCUCGAGCUCAAUCUUGCAGAGUACUCUGACAGUAAUCUUGCAUCACCGGGAGAGAUGAAGGGGACAGUGACGCGCCGGUAUCUUCUCCGAGAGAGCAAAACCAACGCGACGCUUAGAUUAUCUGUUCAUGUCGAGCCUGUAGGCUCUCCACCAUUCUUCACCGCGCCGCCUCUACCACGAGGCGAGAUCCUUGCCG